CGCUGCUCCAUGUCUCACGACGCCGACUCUGUGUCAGAACAACUGGGAUCCCUAGACCUGGGGAACUUGUACGGAUCGAUUGACAAACAGAACGUGCACGGCUUGAACCUGACCGUUCCAGAGGACGCCCGGGCCCUGAUCAAGCCAUGGGAUGAGAGGGAGGACACUUCCAAGUUUGCCGAGUCGGGCGUGGACGAUCAGAUCAUUAUCCAUGUUCCGUUCACGCAGAACGUCCGUCUGCGUUCCGUUCUGCUCAAGCUAGGCCGAGGUGAACUGACACCCCGACGAAUGCGGAUAUACGCGAACCAUUCAAACAUCGUCGACUUCUCUGAAGCAGAGGACAUCACCCCCCAGCUCAACAUCAGCCUAUCUGAGGGAGAAGUUGGAGUGACCGAGUACCCCUUGCGCACGGCGUCCUUCGCGAAUGUCCACUCCCUGUCUAUCUUCUUCAGCGACUCUGUUGGCGGCGACUCUAUACGCCUGUAUUACCUUGGCUUCCGUGGCGACAGCCGGUCCCAGCGCAAGGAGGGAACGCAGAAGCUGGAGGUUCCCGCGCAGGUCGCGCCCGAUGCGAAGCUCAUAGACCGACUGCAAGAGAAGACGGGUGGGCAACAGACAACCGCAAGAUGAUGUCUGUAUAGGCUCGCGCCCCUGUGUUUCAUUCACGUUCC